AUGUCAGGUGUAACAGCUCUCAAAGCUCUACGCCAUGCUGCUAUUGCCAGCGAUUCCAUCAAGCUCUACAGUGGUGAUGGGCAAGAUACGGAACUCAUUCAAGAAGCCACGCAAGUUCAAUUUGGUGAUAAUGAGAAAAAGUACGAUUUAGACUUGAAAACGAACUUUUACAAUGACGAUGAGCCACAGGACUUAAAAUCAGUCGUGUUUUGUUGGAUAGAGGAACAAACCCCAGAUGUUGAUUACAAGUCUAAAGCAAGUAAACAUGGAAUACCUGCGUUUGCCUAUUUGCAAAGAUAUGACUUGAUAACCUGGUUAAAGGGAACCAUUGACAGUUGUCAGUUUGUUAAGGAAGAAAAGGAAGAAGGAAAAAGUGAAGCGGUCAAAGCUGAUGUCAAAACUGAUGCUGUCAAAUCGAAAAAACACAAACUUGACGAUCCGCAGAUGGAAAGAAUAAGUCAGUUUGAAAAGGAGUCGGUUGAUCAUAAUGCCGUAUUGAGAGGUUCCAAGAACAUUGACUUUAGCUAUCUAAUAUCAGAUGCCAAAAAGUUCAUGCAUGAAUUGAAACGUGCUAAACCAAGCAGUAAAGAAGCCAAGAAGGAAAGUGGGUCAAAGAAACAACCAAUCAUUAUUGUAUCUCCUGCUACGACAGCACUCCUUUCAUUAUCCAAUAUAAAAGAGUUUCUUGAGAAUGGACGCUACACAGAGCCUGUCCCAAGCAACAGACCACAUUCCGGUGUUGUUAUUCUCAACCAUCCUUCAGACAGAUUAAUAUCCACUGGUCAAAAAAUUAUGGUGGUUGACAAUGUGGACUUAUUCACUAAUCCAGAUUAUUGGAAUAGAGUAAUUGCAAUCUUCACUACAGGCCAAAGCUGGCAAUUUUCAAAGUACAAGUUUUCCAAACCAGAGGUCUUGUUUCAAAAAUAUCAAGGGUAUUAUUUGGGAUACCAAGGAGAGGCCACGCCGCAUCAAAUAAAAGAAUGGAAUGUUCAUGAAAUAAAAGUUGACAGAGGUGAAAAGAGAUUCAAAGAUAAGGUGAUUGUUCGUGAUUUUUGGGUCGAAAUUGACAAGAUACUUACUAACAAGGGGUAUGGCAAGCUGUGA